AUGCUAGAACACCGUGUCAGUCGCAAGUUUUAUUCACUGCUAUUAAACCGAGCUUUUGGAGAUUUGUUGGCUUGCAUGGCCCAUAAUGUGGCCGUAUUAUACAGCAUGUGGUUCGAAUAUGAGUGAGUGUAAAAAGUAGUUUUUUUUUAAUAAAUAUUUAGUUUCUCAUCUAUGUCAACAAGUUUUGAACUUUUAUUUCAGCGUGCGGAUAGUUCUGCUAUUGAACACCUUUUUCAUAGCAUCGUUUUGGUCAAGCAUGUGCUCAUAUACAGCGCAAAGCAUAAUAAAAUUGUAUGCCGUUGCAAAACCUUUACAAUACAGACGAUACAUUACUAUGAAGCGGUGUAAACAAUUUUGUGUUUUCAGGUAGGAAACGCCUUGGCUUGCCUUGCCUUGCCUUGCCUUGCCUUGCCUUGCCUUGGCUCUAGCCUACCUUUUCUUACUCUAGCAUAUUCUAUCUUAUUCUGUUUUACUUUACUAUGCUCUAUCUUAUUGUUCUGUACCUUACUGUACUGUACAAGACUGUACACUGUCCUACCAUAAUUUGUAUCUUAGUACAUCAUGUUUAUCUUAGCCCUACUGACUCAUUUUUUAAUAUAUAAACAAACAAAAUAAACUUUGAAUUUUCAGCUGGAUUUUAUUCUUUAUGAGUAUAGUGCACACUAUAAUUGGACUAAUUGUUACGACAGUUCCAUCAGUACAAAAAUAUACAGAAUGUACAACAGAGUCGUGUCUAUACCCGCUGUAUUUGUAUCGUCAUAUAUUGGUAAUUGCCGUAUAUUUGUUCACUUUGCUAUGUUUUGCUUUUACUGGUAAGUUAUGUUCAAUGCAAUAGGAUAAUUGCUAUUAGUAUACUGUUAUAGUGAUUAUCUUUUCUUACUGACAUAAAAAAUUGAAGUUUAAUUUAGUCGUACUAAUUCAACGAGCCAAAAAGCAUUCCGAAUCCUUUCAUCAAAGCAACAAAGCUAAUCACGACGCAGUUCAACGACGAUUUAAGUAUCCAAUGAUAAAACUGGCAUUACAUAUCCUAACUUUUUCUGUUUUCGAUUUCCCCUACUUUUUAGUAGCACUAGUGCUGGUGAUCAAGGAUAAGUGCUUCUACCACAGACACUACAACUUUUUGUUCAUGUUGUGUUCAUGGGUAGAAAUGUCAUUAUUGACACGGAUCAUCAUCGACUCGGUACUUAGUUUGUGUCUGGAGACUCAGGUAAGCGGGUCAAAUACGGUGAGUAGGGAUGGUGAGUGUAGGUAAUGGUAAGGCCGGGUAGGGAUAGUUAGGAACGGGUAGGGCCAGGUAAGGUCACGUAGGGUUGGUAGGGGCGGUAGGACAAGAUAGGGAAGCGUAGGGUUAAAUAGAGCCGGAUAUGGCUGGAUAAAACCGUUUAAAGCCGCGUAGGGCUGAAUAUGGCCGCAUAGGGACGGUAGGGCCAGAUAAUGUCAGGUAGGGUCGGAUAGGGAUGGAUAAAGCAAAAUAGAGUCAAAUAAGUUUGGUAAGGCCGGUUAAGGCCAGGUAGGGCCGAGUGAGGCAGAGUACGGCCGCUUAGAGCCGGGUAUGAGACAAAUAGGGCUAAGUAGCACAAAGUAAGACCGUGUAAAGUCAAGUAAGUGCAAGUAAGGCUGAAUAUGGCCGAACAUUGACAGCAGAGCCAGAUAAGGGCGAGUUGGACCGGGUAAGAUCAGAUAAGGCCGAGGAAGGUCGAAUAAGGUCAAUUAGAUUAGAAUAAGGCCAGAUAGGGCCCGAUAGAGUAGGGAAAUUCAGUAUAAACUAAUAAAGAUUAUAUUUUAGGUCAAGCAAAGCUUCUUAAGAAUCUUAAAAUGCGCUACAGGGGUUAUACCUUCCAUACCUACGCCCAAAGAUAUAAUACCAACAAAGAACUCUGGCAAAGGUUCAGUCACAGUUUCUGCUACAACUGUCUGUUCUAACGCUGAAAACGCACUACCGUUAACUGCUCAAGUACAAAAACAACAACGUCUAGUUAGGGAAUGGGAAUUUUUUCACAAAACUCAUACUCGGACGCCUGGAGAUGUAAGAACCACAAAAUAA